AUGGCCGCCGAAGAGAAAGAAGAAACAGCGAAGCCCCUUCCUUCUUUAAAAAAAUUAUCAUCAAAAAAUUAUGGUCGACUGUCUGCCGAACAAGAAAAGUCCAUGCAGGAUCUUGUUCGUCCACACAUCGAGUCUUUCAAUUUUAUGUUAGAAGAGGGAUUAUCACUUGCUGUGCAGGGAAUACCACCUAGUGAGUUAAUGACAGCUGGAGGACAAAGAGUAUCUGUGUAUUUCACUGAUGCAAGUAUAGGUGUGCCAACUAUUUCAGACACCAAUGUGUAUUCAUCUCAGAUGAAAAUUUUCCCAACAGAGUGCCGUGAAAGCGGCUCAAGUUAUAAAUCCAAAAUCCAGGUGACAGUACAAUGGAAGGUAGAUAAUGAACCACAAGGAAGUGUAACCAAGGUUAUAGCUUAUGUACCAAUGAUGGUCAAGUCUGAUAAUUGUUCCUUGGCCAGACUUUCCCCAGAAGAAUUGGUACGACACCAUGAAGAAGCAGAGGAAGCUGGUGGAUACUUUAUUAUAAAUGGAAUUGAAAAGAUUAUAAGAAUGUUAAUUUUGCCCAGAAGGAAUUAUCCUCUGGCACUUGUAAGGUCUACGUGGAAAAACAGAGGUCCACUGUACACAGAGUAUGGUAUUCAGAUGCGUUCAGUGAGAAAAGAUGAAACUGCUGUUAAUAUGGUUCUACACUAUCUUUCUGAUGGAAGUGUAACAAUGGCAUUUGGAUUUCAAAAAGAAUUAUUUUAUGUUCCCGUUGUAUUUAUCUUAAAGGCACUUGUAAACACAACUGACCAACACAUUUACAAAGAACUGAUCAGAGGAGAGGAAGACAAUACUUUCCUGAAAGAUUGUGUUGCAACAAUGUUAAGAACUGCACAAGAGGAAGGAGCAACUAAUCAGAGAAAAGUUUUGGAAUACAUAGGUGAGAAGUUUAGAGUGAAGAUGAGACUUCCAGAAUGGUAUUCAGAUGAGGCUGUUGCUCAAUUUCUUAUACAGCAAUGUGUAUGUGUCCAUCUAGAAGCAAACUUGGAUAAAUUCAACAUGCUUACUUUCAUGACACGGAAGCUCUAUUCCUUGGCCUUGGGAAAAUGUGCGCCUGAAUCUGCAGACAGUCCCAUGAUGCAAGAGGUUCUUCUGGGCGGACACUUGUAUCUUAUGGUCUUGAAGGAGAAGUUAGAACAGUGGCUACAAAUAGUUGCAUCGAACCUCACCAAAGCAUCAAAAGUAAAACCCAGACAGUUUGUUGUGAACUCUGCUUCUGUUUUAGCUGCUAUUGCUCACUCAAGUAACAUCACUCAUCAAAUGGAAUAUCUAAUGGCUACAGGGAAUCUCAUAUCUAGAUCUGGGCUUGCAUUACUCCAGGUUUCAGGCUUUACUGUAGUGGCAGACAGGUUAAACGUGUUUCGUUUCAUUUCGCAUUUCCGUUGUGUGCACAGAGGAGCUUUUUUCUCCCAGAUGAGGACAACGUCUGUCAGAAAAUUACUACCUGAGGCAUGGGGUUUCCUGUGUCCAGUCCAUACACCUGAUGGUGCACCUUGUGGAUUACUGAACCAUCUUGCUGCGGCAUGUGAGAUUGUUAAUGUACUGGCACCUGUUGCACAUUUACAUCGUUUGCUUUGCACCCUUGGAAUGAUUCCCCAUGACGCUCCCCUGCCGGGAGACCCUAAAGACUACUACCCUGUGGUGAUGGAUGGGCGUGUCCUCGGGAAUGUGGACAGGGACUUGGCACCAUCCUUGGAAAACAAACUGAGAGUAAUGAAGGUCCUAGGACAAGAAAGGGUGCCACCUCUGAUAGAAGUAUGUCUGGUGCCAAAGACAAAUGUUGCCAGUCAGUAUCCUGCUCUCUUCAUCUUUACCAAACCUGCAAGAAUGAUGAGACCAGUGAUUCAUCUUGCAACUGGAAAAGUUGAAAUGAUCGGUACCUUUGAGCAGGUUUAUAUGGAUAUUGCAAUUAUCAAGGAUGAAAUACACCAAGGGAUUACCACACACUUGGAAAUAAAACAAACAGCAAUGCUGAGUGCUGUAGCCAGUAUGACACCAUUCUCUGACUUCAACCAAAGUCCAAGGAACAUGUACCAAUGUCAGAUGGGUAAACAGACCAUGGGUACUCCUGUACAAGCAUUUAAACACAGAACUGAUAACAAAUUAUACAGAAUACAGACUCCUCAAAGUCCUCUGGUUCGACCCACUACUCACGAUGAAUACUGCAUGGAUAAUUACCCCCUUGGUACUAAUGCUAUAGUUGCUGUCAUAUCUUAUACGGGAUAUGACAUGGAAGAUGCAAUGAUACUCAACAAAUCAUCAUAUGAAAGAGGCUUUGCCCACGGAUCCAUCUAUAAAGCACAGUUUGUAGACCUUAAGCCAAAAAAUGAAAAACAAACAAGUAAUUUACAAUUUGGCUGUCUUCCAAAUGAUGCUCGUACAGAAGGAAGAUUGGACUCGGAUGGACUUCCACCAAUAGGAUCAAAGCUAGAAAAUGGAGACCCUUUCUACAGCUACAUCGACAAUACCACUGGUGAAGCUACCAUCAAGAAGUACACUAAUUUGGAACCUUGUAUUAUCGAUGACGUUAAAAUUCUCGGCAACGAAAUGGGCGAUAAACCGUUGACCAAAGUGUGUAUAAAGUUGCGAAUACAGAGAAACCCUAUUAUUGGUGACAAGUUUUCAAGUAGACACGGGCAAAAGGGAAUAUGCAGCCAAAAAUGGCCAGCGGAGAAUAUGCCCUUCUCAGAGUCUGGUAUGACACCGGAUAUUAUAUUCAACCCUCAUGGAUUUCCAUCCCGUAUGACAAUAGGUAUGAUGAUUGAAAGCAUGGCGGGAAAAUCGGCCAGUCUCAAUGGUCACGUGUACGACGCCACGCCCUUUCAGUUUUCAGAAGAUGAUUCUGCGAUCGAUUAUUUUGGAAAGCUGUUAGUCAAAUCCGGGUAUGACUACUUUGGAACAGAGAGAUUAUACAGUGGUAUUGAUGGACGGGAGUUCGAAGCAGACAUCUUCAUGGGUGUGGUGUAUUAUCAAAGACUCAGACACAUGGUUGCUGAUAAGUUCCAGGUUCGAACAACGGGACCUAUAGAUAUACUUACUCAUCAACCAGUACAGGGUCGAAAGAAACAAGGAGGUAUUCGUUUUGGUGAAAUGGAAAGAGAUGCGCUGCUUGCCCAUGGGACGUCGUUUUUACUGCAGGAUCGACUAAUGAACUGCUCGGACAGAACCGUGGGCCAUGUGUGUUCUAAGUGUGGCAGUCUAUUGAGUUCUGUUCUCGAGAAGCCCACCCAUACAGCAGGAGCAGCACAGGGUGACCGCAAAUGGUACUGCAAGUCGUGUAACUCCAGUGACAACAUCCAAAUACUGGCUUUUCCUUACGUGUUUCGCUAUCUGGUGGCUGAACUAGCAGCCAUGAAUAUCAAAACUUGUUUGGACGUAAAUUCUGUUGGRUCUACAGGCUCGUAAACACAAUUAAAUUAUAAAUAAUGCAGAUUAAUAUACUUAUAAUAUCGCAAAUUUCAAGUGUAUAUAUAUUGUACAUUUUCCAACACUUUUUCUAUAAUAACUUUGUUGUUUCYUACUAUUUUGUCUAUUUUGUUAGAGAGCAUACCAUAUAUCCGUGAAAAUCUUUGUAAGAAAUUGCACAUUGCACAAAUUUGCUCAAAUAAGUAAGUACGGUAGACCUCAGUUGGCCAUAGACCUACAAAACUUUGCACUAAUUUGUACRAUUUUGUUUACUUUUUCACGGUUAUAUGAUAAACACUCUAUACUUUUAGUGCUGUCGGAUAUUCACUAGGGGAGGUUUGCUGGCCUUCAUCUUGAAUCUUCUCGCUUCUGCUACUUCGAAAACCCAAAGCCCGUAAUGUACCUUUAUGCAAAAAGACCCAUAUAUAUUUCAUUUGAUUGUUUAUAAAUCUUGGCUACAAUACACUCUUAUUUUUUCUUAGAGGCUAUACACUAUAUUACGUCACUUUAGCGUCUGCAUGGGUUAGAACUAUAGUAUUUAUCGACUUAAACGGAUUUCUAAUCGAUUUAUCAAAGUAUUGUAGCUUUGUAAGGAAACUUCAAGCUUUCUCCUCAGCUUAAUAGAUUUCAAAAUAGUUUUGUCUUGUUUGUUUUCCCCGGCACAGAAUACGAACAGCUCUCUUCGUGACACUGAAARAUUGAUCAUGAUUACAGACUGAAAGGUAUAGAUUAAAUGCCAGGCAGUUUGUGAAAUUUUCUCCACAAAUAUUACAGCACCCAGUUGUUUUAAUGGAAGAGGCAUGUUCAUGGACAGAAACGAUAGGUGGAUUCCGUGCGCGGAGUUUGAGAAAUGCUGGCCCCUUGUUGUAGACAUGCAAUAGUAACAGUGCGAUAUACACAGAAAGGAUAUCCAUAAAUAGAAAAUACCGAGAAUCGAAACCAAGUAAGUAAAAGUUUUUGUCAGUAAA